CACCAGGACCUUCAGGAGAGCGUGGUCUAAUUGGCUUUCCUGGGCGAGAUGGCACUGCAGGAGCUCCAGGACCACCUGGACCACCAGGCCCAGCAGGCUCACAGGGCACCCCUGGCCUGAAAGGUGAUAAGGGUGACACGGGACUUGGACUGCCAGGUUCUAGAGGUGAGCGAGGAGAUCCAGGGCCACGGGGUGAAGAUGGGCGCCCAGGGCUGGAGGGAGAUCGGGGACCUCCGGGUCUUCCAGGAAACAGAGGAGAGAGAGGUGACAAAGGAGAUGUUGGAGCUGUAGGGCCAAAGGGAGACAAGGGUGAUACUGCUGUUGUGGAGGGCCCACCAGGUGCUCGGGGGAACAAAGGGGAACCGGGAGACCGUGGCCUAAAAGGGAUGGAAGGAGAGAAAGGUGACAAAGGAGAUCAAGGCGUCCCUGGAGAAAAGGGAGUGAGAGGUGAGCAAGGUGAAAAGGGGUCAUCAGGAUUUCCAGGAGCACGAGGGCCUGGUGGGCAAAAGGGAGAAGUUGGUGAGUCUGGAGAGCCAGGCGAGCCGGGGCUCCCCGGAAAGGAUGGUAUCUCAGGAUCCAAAGGAGAUAAAGGAGACGUGGGGCCUAUUGGAAUGCGAGGUCCAAAGGGGGAUCGAGGAAUGAAAGGAGCCUGUGGCCAGGAUGGAGAUAAGGGGGAGAAGGGAGAACCGAGCCUGCCAGGUCGAAUGGGACUUCCUGGGAGGAAGGGUGAGCCCGGCGAAAUGGGCAUGUCUGGAACCCCAGGAAUCCCUGGGAAAGAAGGCCUCAUAGGACCCAAGGGCGACAGGGGAUUUGAUGGACAGCAAGGCUCCAAAGGAGACCAGGGAGAGAAAGGGGACAGAGGUGUACCAGGCGUUAUUGGCUCCCCAGGGCCCAGAGGCAGUGAUGGACCUCCAGGCCCUCCUGGGCCCCCUGGAAGCAUUGGUCCAAAAGGUCCAGAAGGGAUUCAGGGACAGAAGGGUGAAAGAGGGCCUCCAGGAGAGUCUGUUUUAGGAACUCAAGGAAUUCCAGGAGUCCCAGGAGAAAGAGGACAGCAGGGAAAUCAAGGGCCUGUUGGACCCAGAGGAGAGAAGGGAGAGCCUAGCAUGACGGAAGAAGAAAUCCGUCUGUUUGUCAGGUCGGAGAUGAGUCAGCACUGUGCUUGUGGAGGCCAGUUCUCCCCACCAGACACACGUGUCCUCCCCAACUAUCCAUCCACCCAACCAUUCCAGUCUGUUAAUGCUCAAGUAGUACCUGUGCUUAAGUUGUCCCAUGCUGAGGAAGAGGAGGGGGACCACGCACGAAACGUAGUGAACAUAAAUGAACCUGAAUAUGAGUAUUUCUACACAGAGGACUCUGAAGAGGGCCUGGAAGCAGAUGGGACAGAGAGCCCUAUGCUGAGGGAUGAAAUUAUGAGCCCAGUGGCAGCUCCCAAACAUGGACAGCAAAAGAGAGUUCUCUCUGAACAAGCUGACCCAUGUGCCUUGCCCUUGGACGAGGGAGACUGCAACAACUACACAUUAAAGUGGUACUAUAACCAAAGAGUAGCCGAGUGUCGACCCUUCAUCUACAGUGGCUGCGGAGGGAAUCACAACCGCUUUAACUCCAGGGAGGCCUGCGAGCAUCAAUGCACGCCACAAGCAAGUGCAAAUGGAUAGGAAAAAGGCAUAUAAAUUCUGAAGUGGGGCUCUUAUUCUGAUGGAACAGAGGAACUCACCAAAAGAAGAGAUCACCAGCCUUGCAGGUUCUGGAAGGGGAAACCUAGUCAUAGCCUGCACAAGAUCUCAGAUAUACACACUUCCUUUGGCCACAGACUCACCUUGCUGCCAUUUCCACUGCUUGUAGCACGAGAGAGAGAAAGAGAGAGAGAGAGAGAGAGAGAGAGAGAGAGAGAGAGAGAGAGUGUAGGCUGCUUCAUCUGGAGCAGAGAAACGGUGCUAUUCAUUUUUUAAAAGAAAGUAUUUUUAUUGCUCUUGGUUUAUUUUUUAAAUUAAGGUGAAAUUUUUAUCAAAUGAAAAACAUAAACAUAACUUCUUUUAUAUGUAAUAUAAAAAAGAAAAGACAUAUUUUAAUUAGAGGAGUUUUAACUUAUUUGAUG